AUGGCGACGGCGGAGCUGGCCCUCGUUAAGCCCAUCAACCGGCUGUCCAGGUUCGGCGCCGGGGCGGCACCGAGGCUCGGCGGGCGGCGGCCGCCCUCCGUCGUGAGGAUGGCGGUGGGGUCUCCUCCCCCAGCCGCAGGCGCCACCACGGCGCUCCCGAAGAAGUCCCCCAAGACGACGGAGAUAAAGGAGACGCUGCUGACGCCGAGGUUCUACACGACGGACUUCGACGAGAUGGAGUCCCUGUUCAACACGGAGAUGAACAAGAACCUGAACGAGAAGGAGUUCGAGGCGCUGCUCCAGGAGUUCAAGACUGACUACAACCAGACCCACUUCGUCCGCAACCCGGCCUUCAAGGAGGCCGCCGACAAGUUGCAGGGGCCCCUCCGCCAGAUCUUCGUCGAGUUCCUCGAGCGCUCCUGCACCGCCGAGUUCUCCGGCUUCCUCCUCUACAAGGAGCUCGGCCGCCGCCUCAAGGCAAUAACCUAACCUAACAUCAGCUUCACUAUUUCCUUCUUCCUUUUUCCUCCACAAUCUCUGACCCUGUUCUUCUGACCGCAGAAAACCAACCCCGUGGUGGCGGAGAUCUUCUCCCUCAUGUCCAGGGACGAGGCCAGGCAUGCCGGGUGAGUAAUUUCUAGUGUCCAGAAAGUCGGAGCAUUCCCUACCCUGAGAACCCAAAUGUCUCAUCUCCUCUGUCAUAUGAUUUGACCUGCCAGGUUUCUGAACAAGGGGCUCUCUGAUUUCAACCUGGCGCUGGACCUGGGUUUUCUGACGAAGGCUCGGAAGUACACCUUCUUCAAGCCCAAGUUCAUCUUCUACGCCACCUACCUGUCGGAGAAGAUUGGGUACUGGAGGUACAUCACCAUCUACAGGCACCUGAAGGCCAACCCGGAGUUCCAAGUCUAUCCCAUCUUCAAGUACUUCGAGAACUGGUGCCAGGACGAGAACCGCCAUGGGGACUUCUUCUCUGCUCUGCUCAAGGCCCAGCCCCAGUUCCUCAACGACUGGAAGGCCAAGCUCUGGUCACGCUUCUUCUGCCUCUCUGUAAUCCCCCACCCUCUUCAUCCUCUUCCCCUUUACACUUGUUCUUUUUCCUCGGGGGACAGAGGGCUCACCUGGCCUCCCCUCUGGUGCUUCUUCUCUGGCAGGUGUACGUGACGAUGUACCUGAACGACUGCCAGAGGACGGCUUUCUACGAAGGCAUCGGGCUCAACACCAAGGAGUUCGACAUGCAUGUCAUUAUCGAGGUGAGGAGGAAUGAGGAGUAGUGCUCCGGAGAUUCUCUCUCUAGGAGGGGAGGGAGAAGCGGUACUCACCGCUGGUGUGCCCUGAUGUUGUUGCAGACCAAUCGGACGUCGGCGAGGAUCUUCCCCGCGGUUCUGGACGUGGAGAACCCAGAAUUCAAAAGGAAGCUGGAUCGCAUGGUGGAGAUCAACGAGAAGCUGAUUGCGGUCGGGGAGAGCCAGGAUAUCCCUCUGGUGAAGAACUUCAAGAAGAUUCCCCUGGUGGCGGCGCUGGUCUCCGAGAUCGUGGCUGCUUAUCUUAUGCCCCCCGUCGAGUCCGGAUCUGUAGAUUUCGCUGAAUUCGAGCCGCGGCUCGUUUACUGA